AUCAAUAACCAAGGAAGACAUUUUGGAUUUAAAACGAGCUCACUUAGUGGUUGACGAAAAUAUGCUCCGUUGGCAACACCAUUUAUCAUUGCUGUCACCAUGAUAUUUAGUCAGAAUGUAUCGUCAAAUGGGUUUGUCAGUUGUGCGCAAUGAAAUGGCGUCGUUGUGAAAAAUUCCACGCAUUUAUCCCAAACCAUAUCGCCGCGCUCAUCUGCGAAUUCUGUUGGGAUAGGUUUCUUGCUGGCUCAGCUGUGUGUAUGUACAUCGAGAAGGCUCCUAUAGUUCCUGGCUGUCCUACGAGGAAAUAACCAAUUUAGCCUCUAAGUCCUAGGUCCACCAGGCAAUGUCAAUGAUGGUGUACCCCAGGGAGGACCGUCUGGAGAAGCUGUCCCAGGAGGAGAUCAUCUCCAGCACCAAGCUGGUGAUCCAGGGCCUGGAGGCGCUGAAGAGCGAGCACAACUCCAUCUUGCACAGCCUGCUGGAGACCAUCCGCUGCCUGAAGAAGGACGAGGAGGCCAACUUGGUGCACGAGAAGUCCAGCCUGCUGCGCAAGUCAGUGGAGAUGAUCGAGCUGGGGCUGGGCGAGGCGCAGGUGAUGAUGGCCCUGUCUGCCCACCUGAACGCUGUGGAGUCGGAGAAGCAGAAGCUGCGUGCCCAGGUACGUCGGCUGUGCCAAGAGAACCAGUGGCUGCGAGACGAGCUGGCGGGCACCCAGCAAAAGCUGCAGAAGAGCGAGCAGAGUGUGGCCCAGCUGGAGGAGGAGAAGAAGCACCUGGAGUUCAUGAACCAGCUCAAGAAGUACGACGAGGAUGUGUCCCCUACUGAGGAGAAAGAUGGAGAGCCUCCUAAAGAUACACUGGACGACCUCUUCCCCAAUGAUGAGGAGGACAACAGUCAAGGAAUGCCACACCAGCAUAACAGUGCAGCGGUGGCCGCAGCCCAGCAGGGUGGCUAUGAGAUCCCUGCCCGCCUGAGGACCCUACACAACCUGGUGAUCCAGUACGCCUCCCAGGGCCGCUACGAGGUGGCCGUGCCCCUCUGCAAACAGGCUCUGGAGGACCUGGAGAAGACAUCCGGACACGACCACCCUGACGUGGCCACCAUGCUCAACAUCCUGGCCCUGGUCUACAGGGACCAGAACAAAUACAAGGAGGCGGCUCACCUGCUCAAUGAUGCACUGUCUAUCCGGGAGAAAACCCUUGGGAAAGACCACCCUGCGGUGGCUGCGACACUGAACAAUCUGGCAGUGUUGUAUGGCAAGAGGGGGAAGUACAAGGAAGCUGAGCCCCUUUGCAAGAGGGCUCUGGAGAUCAGAGAGAAGGUGCUGGGCAAGGACCAUCCUGAUGUGGCCAAGCAGCUGAACAACCUGGCCCUGCUGUGCCAGAAUCAGGGCAAGUACGAAGAGGUGGAGUACUACUACUGCCGUGCCCUGGAGAUCUACGAGCGCAAGCUGGGCCCUGACGACCCCAACGUGGCCAAGACCAAAAACAACCUGGCUUCGUGUUACUUGAAGCAGGGGAAGUACAAGGAGGCGGAAGUCCUUUACAAAGAGAUUCUCACCCAAGCUCACGAGAAGGAAUUUGGAUCCGUGGAUGCUGAGAACAAGCCCAUCUGGAUGCAUGCCGAGGAGCGGGAGGAGUGCAAGAGCAAAGACGGCUAUGGAGAUUAUGGCGGCUGGUAUAAAAAUUGCAAGGUGAACAGCCCCACUGUCAACACCACCCUGCGUAAUCUGGGAGCUCUGUACCGCCGGCAAGGCAAGAUAGAGGCCGCUGAGACCCUGGAGGAGUGUGCCUUGAGGUCCCGAAAACAGGGUGUGGUGGAGCUGCAGAGAGACGGAGACAGGAGGAGGAGCAGGGAGAGUCUGAGCAGCGUAAAAUAUGAGAGCGCCUCCGAAGCGGGGGAGGACGGCAGCGUGGACUGGAACGGGGCCUAAAUCAGCAGGAUGACCUUCCUCCGCCUCACUCUCCUCAACCAAUCAAGCCAAUCGAAUCAAAAUGGAUGUCUCUUGUCAUUUCCUCUGUGUGAAGCCUCUUCUAAUCUUUCAUGGAGGACUCCUCCUUCAUCCCCACUCCCAAUUCUAUCCCAAAACUGAUUAUCCCUUUUACCUCCCAUCCUUUCGGGAUCUCUCACUCCCACGCAUGUUCUCUCUAUCUUCUUGCAUUGUCCACACUCUGCCCCUCUUCCCCUGGUCUCUUGCCCUCUUCCUCUUGCGUUGUCUUUAUCCCUCUCUCUAGCCGUCUUGCGCUCUCGUUCAUGCCCACUCAUUCCUCUCAUCAUUCUGCGUCACAUCUUCCAGCCUUUCUCUUCCUCUAUCCCCCGUCUCUCCCUUCCUCUUGCCGUGUCAUCACUUGUCUAGUAUGUAUGAUAUUCUAACCAAUAAGAGACGGUGGACAGUGGCACCAGAGUCCAAUUGAACACUGGAAACUUAACCAUCAAAGAAAGCUGUGGUUGUUUGAUUUUCUCUUUUCUGUUCUUCUUGUAUGCAAAUAUGGUUGUUUUUCAAUUGAUCUCGAUAUUUCCACCAAGCACAGUCGCGCAGUUAUAACGGCAUCAAUUAUUGGUCCACUACCAAAAGAGACCAGUCAGAAUUGUUAUCUCGUUUUGUUAUCGCUGUGACCUUAUUGGCCACUGACGAGCAACCAGCUAGAGUAGUGGUUUUUGUUUCGCUGCUGCCCGCUUUUUGUCCUGACAUUUGACCAGGAUUGAUCUACCUUGGUGCCUUUUUUCACAAAUUUUGUUAACUUGCAACUUGUUUUAAGUGUGACCAUGACCCUUGUAAAAUAUUUAUGCGUACUGUUAUGUUAUAUAGGAGCCAAUGUAAGACAAUAAAAAAAUAUAUAGUGACGCUAUUAUGAUUCCAAGUCACGUCGCCACUUAAAAGCACCUUUUGAGUUUACACACCGAUUACUUAUGUUUUAUUGAGAUUACUGUAUCUGUCUCCUGUUAUUUUGUUUACUUUUAAAUAUUUUCUUAUAUAGGAUAGUAUUUAUCUUUGCAUUUUACCUCUAAGCAAUUGCUUUAUUAUUAUUAUUAUUAUUAUUAUUAUUAUUAUUAUUAUUAUAUAGCCAUAUGUUUAGUAAUGAUGGUGCCGGUUCCUGACUAUGGUAUUGACGUUUUAAAGAGGAACAGCUUACUAACUGUAGAAUCAGUGUCUUUUGAAUUGAAUGGCAUUGUGCAAAUUGCUUUCUCCAAGGCCAUAGCUUGGGAAAAAAAUGUUCUCUCUAAUUAUGCUCCAAGCUAGAGAACUUGUUUCAUAUUUUCAAGUAGCCAUUGAAAAGGGACACAAACACCAGAGACACAGAAACACACACAUUUAAUGUACACUGCUGCACCAAGUUGUUGUAUUUGACUUUGUAAGCUUCUGAGUGGCAUUUCGUGAGGUCACUUAUUUGGUUUUAGCCUAAUGGUCCUCUUGUUGUUCCUCGCACAGCUUUCCCUCUUGUUAUCGUCUCGUCUUAAAAGCCUACUUUACCCUGCUAUGACGCAAGGCAGUCGUAACAGCUUAUGUUAGUUUAUAACACCUAUGAACAGCCAUGGCGCACAUGAAACGACCAAGGUGAGCUAUCUUGUCAGCCACCAACCUAGUUACCUUGAACACAGUGACAUGUGACCUAGCUGGCUGCUCAUAAGACAUAUGUUAUAAAUUGACACCAGAUUUUAUGAACGCUCCUGAUGGCAACAUUGCUAUGCUUACAGCAGCUUAAAGAUAGGCUUUAGAUUGGGGAUUUAAGUUAGGCGUGAGCAUUGUGAGGCAUCGUUGAACAGUUAUGUUACCUGAAUGUAAAGAUUUUUCAAACAGCGCUGUAGCUUGAAAUGUACUCCUUGUUGUCCACUAACUUUCCCAUGUUUUUAUUUUAUAUUUCCCAUGUUUCAGUCACUUUAGUUUAGAAUGAGGGAAACUAUCUUCAUAUGAUGUAUUUUAGGCUGAAUAAGUGUAGUACUAGUAACUAACCUAGCUAGCCAGUUGUUUCAGCAUUAGCCAACACCACCAAAUUGAAGUUGCCUGUAUGCCAUGUAGUUACUCUAUAAGCACUUUAACUAUUAUAUAAUAACUGUAUCACAAUCAGUGCAGGUAUAUACUAGUACAUCAUAGUACAUCUACAGAUGUUUUAAAGUGCAUGUGCUAAACCUAAACACAUGCUGUACUAUGAGACUAUUACUUCAGUUAGUUCAUGUGUAGUUAAAGGUAAUUACACUUGAUACCAUAUGAAAAUGCAAUUCCGUGUAACUGGCAUUUUGGUAUCUCGGUGUAAAGAGACGGCUCCAAUGUUGCUAACCGAUUUUUAAAAAUAUAAAUAUAAUAAUAAACGGUAAUAGUGGAGCUAGCCAAUUCUGAAACACACUGGCUGUCCGGCUGGUAGGCCUAUGUAGUGGAGCAAUUUAGCUACGUCCCACUUUAUUUCAUUGGUCUGUCUGUAGAAUGCUCUCCAUUACUAAUACUCCUGUCCUGGCAUUGUGUAGGCCUACAUACACCCUCCUUUUGUUGCAUUGUGAUGAAUGCGUCUCUUAACUUUGUUUGACAUUGACUGAAAAUAAAGACUUUCAUUUGGGCUUU